CUGCGGCGCGCGCUCCGGCGGGGGUGUCCCCGGAGGCGCGUGGGGCGGGCGGGGCUGGGGCCGGGAUGUAGCCGCUGGGAUGACUUGUCCGACUAGGGUUGUGGCCAAGGGAUGGCGAACGUACGAGUAGCCGUGAGGGUCCGGCCCCUCAGCAAGAGGGAGACCAAAGAAGGGGGAAGAAUUAUUAUGGAAAUUGAUGGCAAAGUGGCAAAAAUCAGGAAUUUAAAGGUGGACAAUCGACCGGAUAGCUUUGGGGACUCCCGGGAGAAGAUUGUGGCGUUUGGUUUUGAUUACUGCUACUGGUCAGUGAACCCAGAGGACCCCCAGUAUGCAUCUCAGGAUGUGGUGUUCCAGGAUUUGGGAAUGGAAGUACUAUCUGGAGCUGCCAAGGGCUAUAAUAUAUGCCUUUUUGCCUAUGGGCAGACAGGCUCUGGGAAGACAUAUACCAUGCUGGGGACCCCAGCUUCUAUUGGGUUGACACCGCGAAUAUGUGAGGGUCUCUUUGUCAGGGAGAAAGACUAUGCCUCGCUGCCUUCCUCCCGCAGUAUAAAAGUAAGUUUCCUGGAAAUCUAUAACGAACGGGUGCGGGAUCUAUUGAAGCAAUCAGUUCCUAAAAAGUCCUAUAGUACCCUGCGGGUCAGGGAGCAUCCAGAGAUGGGGCCAUAUGUACAAGGUUUAUCUCAACAUGUAGUUACCAACUAUAAGCAAGUAAUCCAACUCUUGGAGGAGGGAAUUGCAAACAGAAUCACAGCAGCCACCCAUGUUCACGAGGCCAGCAGCAGAUCUCAUGCCAUCUUCACCAUCCACUACACGCAGGCGAUCCUGGAGAACAACCUCCCCUCUGAAAUUGCUAGCAAGAUCAACCUUGUGGAUCUAGCAGGCAGUGAAAGAGCAGAUCCCAGUUACUGUAAGGACCGGAUUACUGAAGGAGCCAAUAUCAACAAGUCCCUUGUGACUCUGGGAAUUGUCAUCUCUACCUUAGCCCAGAACUCCCAAGUAUUCAGCAGCUGCCUGAGCCUCAACAGCUCAGCCAGUAAUGGUGGUGACAGUGGGAUCCCUACCUCUACUUCCGGGACCAACAGUGAAGGUGUACUCUCCCGGAGGCAGUCCUACAUCCCGUACCGAGACUCUGUGUUGACCUGGCUGCUGAAAGACAGUCUUGGAGGCAACUCCAAAACCAUCAUGAUUGCCACUGUGUCUCCUGCACACACUAGCUACAACGAGACCAUGAGCACGCUGAGAUAUGCCUCCAAUGCCAAAAACAUUAUCAACAAGCCAAGGGUAAAUGAGGACGCGAACGUAAAGCUGAUCAGAGAACUCAGAGAAGAGAUCGAAAGACUGAAAGCCAUGCUUCUGAGCUUCGAACUGAGGAGCUUCGGUUCCCUGAAUGGUGAAAAGGAUGAAGAUCUGAAGGAGCUGGUUUUCCAAAAUGAACUGAAGGUGGACCAAAUGACUAAAGACUGGACCCAGAAGUGGAAUAAUUGGCAGGCCCUCCUGGAGCAUUACAGCGUGGAUAUCAACAGGAAGAAGGCUGGGGUGGUCAUUGACUCCAGCCUGCCACACCUAAUGGCCUUGGAGGAUGAUGUGCUCAGCACAGGAGUUGUGCUCUAUCACCUCAAGGAGGGAACAACAAAAAUAGGAAGGAGUGACUCAGACCAGGAACAGGACAUUGUCCUGCAGGGUCAGUGGAUUGAAAGAGACCACUGCACUAUCACCAGUGCCUGUGGGGUAGUCGUCCUCCGGCCUGCGCGGGGGGCUCGCUGCACAGUCAAUGGCAGGGAGGUCACUGACUCCUGCCGUCUGACCCAAGGAGCCGUCAUAACUCUGGGGAAAGCGCAGAAGUUCCGAUUCAGCCACCCAGCAGAGGCUGCCAUCUUGCGGCGGCGAAAGCAGGUAGGAGAGGUUGCUGGUGGCAGUGGCUCUUUGGAAUGGCUGGACUUAGUUGGAGAUGUCACUGCAUCCCGGCUCAGUCUCUACCCUUUGCUUUGGAAGGGAAGAGUUUCCCUGAAUUUGGAUCUGUCCACCAUGUUACCACCUGUGCCUGACCCCACUCACCAGAUAUCGGAGCAAACAUCAUCUGAAGAGCACUUGCCACAGGGUGCUUCUUACUGUCCAAGGACGGGGCGUCUCCGCAGGAAUGGUCUCCAUUCCUCAGGCCCAGGGAAGCCUUGUACAGCUGGAGGAGCCUCGGCCAGGAGGGGAGCCUCAGCUCAAGGCACCUGCCUUACUGUGAGCCCCAAGUCUGUUGGCAUCCAGGAAAUGAGUCGAGUGGGUAAGCAGCUCCAUCAGAAGGUGUCCCAGAGCUUAGCAUCUCUGAGCCAAUCAGCUAACAAGCUAAAGUCAAGGAGUGGGCUCCAAACCCUCACCCCUACCACCCAGAUCAGAAGGGCUAAGGGACCAGCUGCCUCCUAUAUUUCCCUGUGUUCUGAAGGACCCAAGCAGCCAGCUCUGCACAGAAAGACCAUGAAGACUUUUCGGGGAGAAUAUAAACCACUUUCUGCAAGCAGGCCAUCAAAAAGGCGCCAUAAGGUGUUGGCAGCCAGGGUCAGAGACAUUGCCAAAAAGUCCUUUUAUCUGCCUCAUGGCACUCCCUUGAAGAGACAGCUCAAUGCAGGGGACCUAGACACCAUGGCCCCACUUGGAGAUUCCAGCCCACAAGUGUUCCAUGCCAGAGAAAAAGACAAUGACUCCUCUGACACAGAUAUUAAUUACUCCGUGAGUUCUCUCUCUUGUGUCUAUGCCAAAGCCCUGGUGGAGCCCCCAAAGCUAGAGGACCCUCAGGGGAAGCAGUGGAAUCUCUCAGAGCCAGACAAUUCUGAAAGUGAUGACAGCCAAAUAUCUGAGGACUCACUGGCUGAAAAGGAGUACCAAAGUCUCAACGGCCGCUCAGGGGCCAGCCAUCACACCAACAGCCAUGGCCACUGCAGGAUCAGAACUAGAACCUCUGUGAGGGGCUUCGCUGUGCCCUCAGACAGUGUCUUACUUGCUCAAGUUGGACUGAUCGAGGCGGGGAAGGAAGUAGGGAAAGAUGAACGAGAAGAGCCUUCUCUUGGCUCAGCUGAUGAGAUGCCCACAGAGACUUUCUGGCACCUGCAGGACUCUCAUCUGCCUCCAGUGAGCCAGGAGGCAGCGCGCAGCCUCAAUACCAUCAACCACAGGACAGGAGCAAGGCUGGAUGCCACCCUGCCAGUGAGCAAGUCAUCUUCCCUUGAUCCUCAGUUCCAGCCCCAUUAUGAACAGUCUGAGUCAGAGGCGGAGGCGAGCUACUCCGAACAAGCCAACCCUCUCCGAGGCAUGCAGCUUUCAGUAGAGAGCCCACUGAUGUCCAUGGAUUCCUGGUUUUCCUGUGACUCUAAGACCAACCCCAGCAGCCCCCUAGGAAUAGUAGGUUCUUUAUGUCCAAGUACUGAUGUGCAGGAAUUUCAUCCCUGUGAUGGUGAGAGGCCUGGAUACUGGCUAAAUAUUGAAGAACAAAGGUCAGCAGGUGUCAAAACAGUCCUGUCCUAUAGCUCUCAACUGCCCCAGGGCAGGACUGAGCGCCCCUGGGGUGUAGGAGAGGAGUACACAACCUCUGCAUUUGGUGCAUCCAAGCUAUCCAUCUGGGGAGCUCAGAGGCUUCUUCAAUCAGGAGCUGAUGGCCCCUCUCUGGGCAGAAGCCUCCCUGACAUGUCCCAGCAGGGCAGCUCCGAAGUGUCCCACGGUUCCAAUGUGUCAGGUGCACCAGCUGCCUCUGCCACCUCAUUCAAUCAUGGAGGCAGCACCCAGGAAAGGGAUUGGGCCACCCUUCAGCAAAAGUAUCUCCUUGAACUCUCAGUUUUGGAAGCUACAGAAGAGUUCAGGCCAGCUUUCUGCUGCCCUGAGGAAGACUCUGGUUCCCUGACCCAAGCUUCUGGCCAAGGACGAGAUACUAUAUUGCCAGUUGGUCCCAGGGUAGCUAGCAGUCUGGAUUUUAAUAACUUUCCAAUCCCUGUAUCCAAAAUCAGGCGUGUGAGAGCAGAGAAAGAUCAGAACAGUUUAAAGGCCAAGUUAGAAGGUCCUUCAGAUUUCUUUAACCCUAGUGAGAAGGAGGUGAGUUACAAUGACACUUACUCAGCAGACUUAGAAUCGUUGUCUUCUGUAUCAAUAAAUGCACAGGUCUUUCCAGAAGAGAACAACAUACCACAUUCCGUGAUAGAAGCACAUAAAACCAAACAGAGUAACUUGGAAGAAUGUUUUCAGGGUGGCAGGAAACCUAGACUUAGGACUUCCUCUGAUGAGUAUUUUUUCCAGAAGAGCACUUGUCACAAAAAUGUCAUCAUAGCCACCAAAACAGACCAACCAUCCCAAGACUGCACUCCUUUUAGGAAAAAGACUGUAAUCCAGCCAGGGCAAUUAAGACCUAACAGCCACUAUCCUCUACAGGAGGAGAAGGCAGAUUGGCAAGAGAGCGACAGGGAAGCAGCAGGAAGACGCGCAGAGGAUGCCUUUGCCUUUCCAUCAGAUGCGGAGCUAUCCUUCCACUCUGCUCCCUGGAGUCCACCCCAGUCUUCUCUGCAGCCUCCUCCCUUGGAAACAUUCUAUGUGACCAAAAGCAGGGAUGCCCUGACAGAAACUGCUUUAGAGAUUCCGGCUUAUAGAGAAGCAAAGCCGCCUUCCCCACCCCCUAGGGAAGCCUGGGGCGUUGGCCACCUCCUCCAAAACGCUUAUUUGAAGAAGAAUUUUCCAGUACUGUUACAAAACCAGAAGCCCACAAUUGCCUCAUCUCAGCGGGUCACAGCAGAGAGGCCAGUGGAUACAAACCCCAGGGAAGUGAUCCAAGAAUUAGGGAAAUGUCCUGGAAAUACUAAAGAAGAAAGCCGUAAUUCAGUUUAUUUUUUUGUUGCUCAGAACAGACAUCUUCCCCGCUCUGGUGGCACAAAAGUAUGGGAAUUUGAAAAUCAAGUUGGCAUGCUGAAUAUAAAACACGGUCUUGAAGCACUUGAGGGAGAAGAGUCCGCGUCCUCAGACCAUUCCAGGUGUGGAAAGCCUCUCCUCCUUACCUGUGAAUCUGAGGCAGGUUGGGAAGAAGAACAGGAUCAGAGUAUAGUUCUAAGGCAGACCCAGGCUCAUGACAGAAAGAGACAGUUCCCCUCUGGGGCCAGGUCUGAUUUCACCUGUAGGACCAUCAAUUUAGGCUUUGAGAAGGACAUGCCAGGGGAAACUGCUGUUUCUUUGAAGUCUCAAUCAGUGCAUCAUAGAGUAAGCAGCCCAGUGACAGUGGCCUGGGGCGAGAGUCCAACGCCAAAGUGGGGAGGGAAGAAUGAAACUGGGCUGCUUGGAAAAGCUCUGCACCCCAAAGAUUGCUCAGAAGAGUUUAAGCUUCCACGGACAGAGUCUACAUACGGAAAAUUUCAGUUAGUUACGUGCUUUCAGGAAAGAAACCCCAGUGAGCACAAGGGCUGUGGAAGGUUACAAGAAAUGUUAAACCCCAAAGAAGAACCUUCUGGGAAGAAACAGAAUAAAAGGGCUAAUAAUGCUGACGAAAUGGCUAGACUAAUUAGGAGUAUAAUGCAGCUGGAAAAUGACAUCUUAGAAAUGGAAUCUACAAAGAAUAAGAAGCUUUGUGCUGCCCAUACACCAGCAGUCAAGAAGGAGUUUAUGAUCCAGGGCCAGAAGGAUCAGGAGAAGGCUGACCGUGUCCUUCGGCCAGCCAGCCCUGGAAAGUGUCUGUCCUUUGAGGAUCAGCCAUCUUCUCCCAAACAGACAGAUGAUGUUAUCUGUAGAGAUGGUAAAGCGAGACAGGUGGAGGUUUGCAGUAGCACUGGGAGCCAUCCCCAUGUCCGAGAAAUCACCUUAAGCCUGCAGAUGUCAAGGGAAUGUAUACAAGAGAGGAACUCUAUGAGCGGGCACAUCCAUUCGGCAGAAUUAGCUCAGGACGUGUGUGAUUCUUUAGGGACAUGCACAGCUCACAGAGAGCCCACCAACACUUCUCUUCACCCCAAGAGGAGGAGGAGGAAAUCACUGGCUAAAGCUCAGCCUUUGCAGCCCAGGCCUGAGAGGUCUUCUGAGAAUGACAGCAAUUUGGGAAAAGUGUUAGCAAGCCUCAAAGGGCAGCCUUGGGGCUUAGGAAGUCCUGAGGAAUUAGAGACUGUGAAAAGUUAUCAGGAAAGCCAAAUUGCUAAAUACUUAAGUAGUUCCAAGCAAGAGGAGCCAACAGCUCAGGGUGGCAUUGAAAUGGCUGUGCAAAGGGGAGGGGACCUACAGGAUAAAAAUAAAAUGAUGUCAUUGACUCAGGAAUUUUUUGGUCCAAGUCACCUUUAUUUGGGCACAUUUUUCAGUCAGGAGACCAUUGGUCCAUUGCCGAGCCAGCAAGAUCCCUCUACAGCUCCUUUUCACCAAGACCUGAGUAAUACCUUGCCCUUGAAUUCUCCAAACCUGCCCAGCAGCUGUCUCCAUGCGUCUGAUGCUGUAGACAUCUCUUCAGUCGACUUUGUGCUGGAUCCCACAACGUUGAAGAUUCCCAAGAGCCCCUGGGUGGCUAGAGCAGAGCCUCAGGAGCAGAGCGGGAAGUCGAGAAGCCACAGCCCUCAGGGAAAGGUGAGAGAGAGCACUUUGGUGGCGCACGCGGCUCUCUGUGAAUCUGUGAUAUCCAUGGCCCCGGGAGCUCAUCAUUUUGAGGCACCAGAGAGCAUUGCGGCCAGGCUAUCAGUGAGCACCAGCCCCCAAGACCAAGGAGGGGACCACGGAAUCACCUCUAUGGACUUGAGUACCAAGGAAGGUUUGCCUUCUGAAGCUGAAGUAGCUGUACAAAAAGAAAUAGGAGCCAAUUCCCUGAGCAGGGGCUCUAGCCAGCUUGAAAAGAGGGUCAGCUUCUCCUUACAAGAGAAUAAUAAUCAAGGUACAGAGGCAAAGCAGAAGGCAGAGGAGGAGGCUGAGGCUUUCUUAGGACCUGUUUCCCUGCCAAGGGUACCACACCCAGAGCCCAGGCUGUUGGAGCCUUCUGUCUAUGCAUCCAUGUGCCUGGCUAUCUUGGAGGAUAUCAGACAGGCAAAGGCCCAGGGAAAGCAGCUCAAUGACCUUGUGGCUGGGGGGACAGUCUUUCCUUACUAUGAAACUUUACUAGAAUGUUCUUCAAGGGCUGCUGGCAGGCAUCAGUAUAAACAAAUGGACCAAUCAGUGUCAGACAGUACCGGGAAUGAGGGCGAAGCACAGGGGUCUGAUGGGGCGUCUGUAUCUGCCGAACCAGGACAUCUGUCAGUUGAUAAGAGGAAACUCCAGACCUCACCGCUCUCUGCAGACAGCUUUCAACCUUCGCCCAACACUGACGCUGACAGAGGGCCAUGGUGUCCCACACAGGCUUCUUCCUAUGCUGCCUCUGCUCUGGGCGAAAGACAUUGUCCUGGAGAACUGAAACAUUUCCUGGGAGCUUAUGAACAGCUCAUAUGUCACUCUACUUCUUCCAUAAUCAUAGAAAAAAAGGAAGAAGCAACCAGAACAUUUUCCUUUGUGGAUCCUGUAGACUGCAACAGCCUUCUUUCUUCAGCAGCUGUGCAGGGGGACAGGAAGAUAACACCAGAGAAAGGAGUGGCUGCCUUAUCUUCUCAGGCCCCUUGUGAUGAUUCUGGAGUGAUUAUGGGUGGGCAAAGUAAGUCAGCUCCCCGGGGGACUACAGAAGAUAUGUCCCCUGCCCGUAGGGCCAGCAGCCCAGAGCACCAGGAGCCUAGAGCUCAGGACACCGCAUAUAUAGUAGGUUCAGGUAACUUCUUGCUGACGGCACAGGGAGAAAAAACAGCCCAACUUGAAAGUCAGACUGUGAUCUGUGAUGCUCAGGAUUCUGCAAGUCUCUUUUCUAAGCAAGACCACAUCCAAAGCCUUGAGGCUUUCAUUGGCUUAGAAGAAGGGUGGGCAAGUCCCCAGCAGGGAAUUGUUCUGCCUGGAGCCAUGAGAAAGGUUAAACUGGGAGCUCCAGCACAGCAGCAUGUGGAGUGGAAGGGAAGGAUUGUGUCUGAGUUGACUGAAGCCUCCAGAGCUUGCAGCAAACAUCCUGGGCCAACUUCAUUUCCAGAUCAAAGACCUAGCCCAGAUCCUGGGGCAGUGAGGGAGGAAGGCCCCUACAGAUGUGGAAAGGAAAUUUUAGAUUGCCUCCUCUUCUCAGGGAGCACCGAAGGCAACAGGACUCUCAGCCCACCGAGGAGGGAAGAAGGGAGCAGAAUUGUCCCUUCCUGUCAGUCCUGGCAUUCUCAGCCUACUGCUACUCCUGCCUGUCCCUCCUGUUCUUCCACUUUACUAUGUUAUAGAGAAGGUGACCCGGGGAAGGAGACUUUAAAGUCUGCUCCCCUCACUGUCCACCCACCCUGUGUUGUACCUUCCGAGGCCUAUGAGAGGGAUGAGACAAGAGAGAGCUCUUUUAGGGAAGCUGACAUGCUCUUGACACAUGGACCUGAGCUCCAAGACCUUAAUAUGAAAGUUAGGCCAGCAGAAAACAGCACUCUAGAACCAUCCACUAUGGCUGCUAUCCUAUCUCCAGCUCAAGGUUACAACUCCCCAUCUACCUCUGAUGUGAAGACAAGUGCUUCCAGCUACUCAGCUGCUGACAGUUCAGUAUGGAUUCCUGAAAACAAGGUGGCCGAGAAGAAAGCCACUGAAGACCCUAAGUUUGCCCCUUUCCCUGCAGGCAUGUAUUCUGAGUCACUGAGGCACUUUCAGGGCAGCUCUAUAGGUGGCCAGGAUGCACAGGUGUCUCAAACCAAGGCAGAACCACCUGCAACAACUCAGGGACCACAUAUCCUGAAUUUAAGCGAAAGGCCUACUGAGAGUGAGCUGACGGUAGAAUUACAGCUUGGAUGUUUCAAAAAUGCCAUCAGAUGCCUUUCAGAAAACACCCAAUUUUCCACAAAGUCCAGGGAUAAUAAUUGCUUGAAUUCCCAAGCCAAGUCUAUAGCAUGCUGGAAACAUGUCUCCAGUCCCCAGGAUGACAAUCUCUGGGAGGAGGAAGAGCAGCAGAGAGACCAGGCUUCAGAUGCCCAGGGCAAGACUACCCCACCUUCCAAUGACGGUGGCCUGGAUGGCUGUGAGAUUACAGAAGCUGGGAAAGAAGUGGCUGUGGCCAAGGUUUUCUCACUGAGCUUUGAAGACCCAGCUGCUGUGCCCUUGGAGCAAAGAGAAACACCACAGCCUGUCGCCCAGAGGCCCGACCAGCCCCAGCACAGGUACUCAAUUCCUAUGAUUGCCAUCUUCUCUGGCCCCCAACACUCUGAGUCCUCCCCCAGACAACAGUUGCCUGUGUUCAGCUCUUCUCCAUCUCUUCGGGAGUUAAACUUGAACGUGAAGCCUCUCUCCUCUAUAGACCAGGAUAUACCAGGGCCUGAGAAACAGUGGUACCCGCCCCUCAAGGGCUUUCCCUCAGGAAAGUCAGUGGUAAGAGUAUCUCUGAAGGCUACAGACAGCGAUGAGAAAGCCUCAUCUACUGUGGGUGAUGGCACUGCUGAUGACAGGCCCUUAAAACCCAUCACCCCUCCUUACCCAACAUCUCCAACUGCCUCAUGCAUGCCAACCCCUGCUUUUGUGACCAGCUGGAUGCCUGAUGCUUUAGAUCAGGCUCAGCAGGGAAAGCCAGAGAGACUGGGUGUCCAGGUCAGGCCAGACAAUUGGGGUUCUCAGCUGGGCAAAGAAAUUUUGCACUUCGGCUCCAAUGAUAUCAAUCCCUAUAUCCCACUGUGGUAUCCAGAGGGGCCUGCAUAUAUUGGCUGGAAGCAGUAUGUGUUUGGCAGUGCUGCUGAUGUCUCCUCCAGCCAGAAACUCUGGGACCUGACACCAUCAAACGUGGCCCCGGGCGGUGCCGUCGAUGUCUCCUGCAGCCAGAAACCCUGGGACCUGACACCAUCAAACGUGGCCCAGGGCGGUGCCAUCGAUGUCUCCUCCAGCCAGAAACCCUGGGACCUGACACCAUCAAACGUGGCCCAGGGCAGUGCCGUCGAUGUCUCCUGUAUCAAGAAACCCUGGGACCUGACACCAUCAAACGUGGCCUCGGGUGGUGCCGUCGAUGUCUCCUGCAGCCAGAAACCCUGGGACCUGACACCAUCAAACGUGGCCCCGGGCGGUGCCGUCGAUGUCUCCUGCAGCCAGAAACCCUGGGACCUGACACCAUCAAACGUGGCCCAGGGCGGUGCCAUCGAUGUCUCCUCCAGCCAGAAACCCUGGGACCUGACACCAUCAAACGUGGCCCAGGGCGGUGCCGUCGAUGUCUCCUGUAUCAAGAAACCCUGGGACCUGACACCAUCAAACGUGGCCCAGGGCGGUGCCAUCGAUGUCUCCUGCAGCCAGAAACCCUGGGACCUGACACCAUCAAAUGUAGCCGAGUGGUCCAACAUGGGCAAUGGCCUAGAAGACCAGAACUCGCCAUUCCUCUCCCCACUCAGCACCCAUGUCAACACUCAGGACCUGGCAAGCACUUAUAGCAGCAUUGAGAAUAGCCAAGCUUCAAAUGAAACCCAGGAAAUAAGGAGGGCCUCCUUUGUCCUAGGGCACCCCCCUGUCCUGACCAGGCCUGAAGGAGCAGCCCCCACUUCAGGUCUUGACAGACCCCAGUGCAAGGGCCCCCCUGUUGAGACAGGCUGUCUGAGGAGUAAGUCUCCCUCGGGUGAGGGAAGUGCUACAGGUCUGGUGAAGGAGAUUAUGCCACUGUGCCUGUCAGAAACAGGCUGCCCCAAGGGAAAGGUCAGAACUAGCACAUUUGAGAAGGGCACACAGACCCUGGGUUGCAGGCUCCGCUGGAGCUGCACUGACAUCUCUGCCCAGUCUGAAGCCAGUGCAAUGGCCACCCCUGAGCUGGCCUCGUGGGCCAGCAUGCACAACCUGUCCCUCCACCUCUCACAGCUCCUGCACAGUACCUCUGAGCUGCUUGGGAGUCUCUCCAAGCCCAGUGUGGACAGAAAGGAGCACAACACCAAAAGAAACACCCCUGAUGAGGCCCCACAGACCCUGCUGAUGAUGGACAGCUUUACUCAGACCACAGUGGAUGAGGGCAGCCAAACUGACCUGAUCUCACCCCUGUGCUACCAGGCCUCAGAGGCCAAACCUCAGGAAACUGAUAGGAUCCUUAAGGUGCCGAGCUCAGAUACCUCAACCAUGUCUCAAGAAAAGGGAGAUGUUGCUCAGAAGAGAGAAGAGGCAGAGGAAACAGCGUGGAAAAUGGCACAGCCCCCAGAUCUCCAGGAGGAAGGCACUCACUGCAGAUCCCAGAGCCCUCCAACACCCUCAGCCCCGCUACAGUUUCAAAAAGACGCUAUUGGGCAGAAUCUUCCUUCCGUGAGCCCAGCAGUUUCUGAUGCUUUUCUGCCUCCCAUCUCCCAGCCAGAGGAAUCCUCUUCCAUGGUUGUCAGCAACUCCAGCCUCAGCACCUCUCACUCCCCAGGGCUCUUCCUCAAUAUUUCACAGGCCCUCGGGGAGCCCAGGGAGCAGAAGGAGCUGGACUCCACAAAUGCCUUGUUGGUAGACAGGGCCUCCUCCCCCAUCCUCACUCUUUGUCCAAGCACCCAAGAGUUGGGUCUUCCCCCAGGCUCUUUGACUCCUUCAGCUCCCCCUCUUGAAGGUCAUCAGAAGCUUGAUUCCUACCCAGAUCCUCCUCUUGGUAUCCUGGAGCCUCUAAUGGAUAAUUACUCCCAAACCAUUGAGUCAGAUGGUUGCCAGAGAGCUGAGAAGCCGGGUGGAGAGGGUAGAAGUCCCUUAGAGAGGAGUGUUGUGAGGUCCUUUCUUGAGUUACGCUCCACACACAGCCCACAGCAGAGCCCAGAUCUCCAAGUUAAUUUCAUAGAGCAGCCCCCUCAGCAGCGUGAGCUCAGCACCACCACUGAGGUCCAAAGCAAAUUGAUACCUCUACCAUGGCCGCAGAGGAGCCAGAGGCUGGCCGACAGCUUGGUGCCUGAAGAGGUUUCCCCAGAGCUCGGCCCACUGAGCAGUAAGGGGCCAAGUCGAUGGCAAAGCAGGUCAGAAAAUGCAGGUGAGAGCUCAGUACCUCCAGGGGAGCCCCAGCCUCCUUUGGACCUUUUCUCUUCAUGGAGAGGCCUCCAACACCUCAGCCCCUGCCCUAUCUCUGAGCUGACUGAUAAUACAAGGCUCCAGGAUCCUGCCUUGAGCCUCCCUCAGGCCUGCCAACCUGAAGGGCAGCUGCGCCCCAGUUCCCAGAUGUGCAUGACGCCUGACCCCCAGCAUCACAAUCUGAGGGACCUCCCUGUGCAUAAUAAAUUUAGGAACUGGCAUGGGGUUCAGGAUGGCUCUUCUGGGAGCCCAGGUAUGACUGAAGAGCUGGGGGCCAGCUGUGAUCUCAGCUAUGGAGAGCAGGGACAGAGUACCCCACAUCCUCUUGAAGGCCAGAACCAGGGUCCUGAGUGGUCCCAGAGGGAGCAGAUUCCCCUGCAAGUUGGGACACAGAAUCUCUCACUCAGCAUGGAACUCACAGAAGCCAAACUGCACCGUGGCUUUGGGGAGUCGGAUGCCCUGCUGCAGGUACUACAGAGUGGGGCCGGGGAGGCGCUUGCUCCUGACAAGCCUGCCUUGUCCAUCUGGGAGGAGCUCCAUGCCCGGCAAAAAACCACCAUUGAGAACCUCAGGAGAGAGCGGGCUGAGCGACUCCAGAACUUCCGUCGGACGCGGAGCUUGAGCCCCCAGAAACAACUGAGCCUCCUGCCCAACAGGGAUUUCCUCACCCAGGACCUUGACUUGCCCAGCAGGCGCCGAGAAUACCUGCAGCAACUGAGGAAAGAUGUUGUGGAGACCACUAGGAGCCCAGAGUCAGUGUCCCGGCCUGCGCACUCACCCUUGGACAUAGAGCUGAUGCUGCGAGACUACCAGCGGGCGCGCGAGGAGGCCAGGGCGGAGAUUGCCCGGGCCCGGGACCGACUGCGGGAGCGGGCGGAACAAGAGAAGCUGAGAAUCCGCCGGCAGAUCACUUCCCAGCUGUUGAGGGAGGAAGAAAAACUCCACAGCCUGGCUAACUCCAGCUCCCUGUGCACCAGCUCCAAUGGAAGCCUCUCGUCUGGCAUGACCUCUGGCUACAACAGCAGCCCAGCCUUGUCAGGCCAGCUCCAAUCCCCAGAAAACAUGGAGCACCUGAGCUUGGCUGAUUCCAAGGACACCUGGACAGAGGAUGGGCGGGGCCUCUCUACAGUGAGGAACAGUCACCUGAACCUGGCCUGGUCGGCCUGGAAGAGCUCAGCCUACAGCCGCAGGGCCUCUGUGGGGAGCUACUGCUGCUCUCCAGCCAGCCAGUCCAGCUUGGGGACCUGCUGCACCUCCUACCAGGAUCUGGCCAAGCACAUCGUGGACACAUCUAUGGCUGAUGUAAUGGCUGCUUGUUCAGAUAAUCUGCACAACCUCUUCAGCGGCCAGGCAGCUGCUGGCUGGAACCAUCAGGGUGAGGAGCAGGCGGUACAACUUUACUUCAAAGUGUUUUCUUCUACUCGGCAUGGUUUCCUGGGGGCAGGCGUGGUGUCCCAGCCACUGUCUCACGUGUGGGCAGCUGUGAGUGACCCUACGCUGUGGCCCUUGUAUCACAAGCCCAUCCAGACAGUACGGCUGUAUCAGCGGGUGACCAACAAUAUCAACCUGGUGUACCUGGUGUGCAAUACCACCCUGUGUGCGCUGAAGCAGCCCCGGGACUUCUGCUGUGUCUGCGUGGAAGCCAAAGAGGGGCCCCUGUCUAUUGUAGCUGCCCAGUCUGUGUACGACACAUCCAUGCCAAGACCCAGCCAGAAAGUAGUCCGAGGAGAGAUCCUGCCCAGUGCCUGGAUCUUGCAGCCUAUCACCAUGGAGGGGAAGGAAAGCACCAGAGUCAUUUACUUGGCCCAGGUAGAACUUGGUGCUCCAGGCUUCCCGCCUCAGCUCCUAAGCUCCUUUAUCAAACAGCAGCCACUAGUGAUUGCCAGACUGGCUUCCUUCCUCGGCAGUUAGCAUCUCACCGUCAGGAUGGUGCUGCUAAAGACAC